AUGGGCUCCGACGUCCGAGACCUCAACGCGCUGCUGCCCUCCGUGCCCUCCCUGCCGGGCAACAGCAACUGCACCAUGCCGGUGAGCAGCGCGGCGCAGUGGGCGCCGGUCCUGGACUUUCCCCCGGGGGCCUCCUACGGCUCGCUGGGGCCGCACUCCUUCAUCAAGCAGGAGCCGAGCUGGAACGGAUCGGACCCGCACGAGGAGCAGUACCUGAGCGCCUUCACCGUCCACUUCUCCGGCCAGUUCACGGGCACGGCCGGGGCUUGCCGCUACGGGCCCUUCGGUGCCCCGCCGCCCAGCCAGCCGCCCUCGGGCCAGGCUCGGAUGUUCCCCAACGGGCCCUACCUGCCCAACUGCUUGGAGAGCCAACAAGCCAUCCGCAACCAGGGUUACAGCACCGUGGCCUUUGACGGGACCCCCAGCUACGGCCACACGCCGUCCCACCCCGCCGCUCAGUUCACCAACCACUCCUUCAAACACGAGGACCCCAUCAGCCAGCAGCCCUCCCUAGGGGACCAGCAGUACUCUGUGCCUCCCCCGGUGUACGGCUGUCACACGCCGACGGACAGCUGCACGGGCAGCCAGGCGCUGCUCCUCCGGACGCCCUACAACAGUGACAAUUUAUAUCAGAUGACCUCACAGCUUGAAUGCAUGACAUGGAAUCAAAUGAACCUGGGAUCCACACUGAAAGGACACACAGCAGGCUAUGAAAAUGAGAACCACAGUGCUCCCAUGUUGUACAGCUGUGGGGCCCAGUACAGAAUACACACCCAUGGGGUCUUCAGAGGCAUACAAGAUGUCCGGCGUGUGCCCGGCGUGGCUCCCACCAUCGUGCGGUCGGCCAGCGAGACCAACGAGAAGCGUCCCUUCAUGUGUGCCUACCCUGGCUGCAACAAGAGAUACUUCAAGCUGUCCCACUUGCAGAUGCACAGCAGAAAGCACACUGGUGAGAAGCCUUACCAGUGUGAUUUUAAAGACUGUGAACGAAGAUUUUCUCGUUCAGACCAACUCAAAAGGCACCAAAGACGACACACAGGUGUGAAGCCCUUUCAGUGUAAAACCUGUCAGAGAAAGUUCUCCAGAUCUGAUCAUCUGAAGACUCAUACCAGGACUCAUACAGGUAAAACAAGUGAAAAGCCUUUCAGUUGCCGGUGGCCCAGCUGUCAAAAAAAAUUUGCCAGGUCUGAUGAAUUAGUUCGUCAUCACAACAUGCACCAGAGGAACAUGACUAAACUGCAGUUGGCCCUUUAGACAGUUCAAACAAGUGAAAAAAACCAGAUGGGACAUUAUAAGCUAC